AUGCCCGGCGCCUUGGGGUCCUCUUGUCAUUUCAAACAUAAACAUGACACCUCUUCUUCAAGCCUAUCUACAUAUCCCUACUCAUCAACUCUCCCCUCGUACCGUAGCGCAGUAGCUCAAUCAACACAAGAUACAAGGGCACCUAGGAACCAGUCUUUAGAUAUAUCACACGAAACAUCAUUCACACCACGUGGAAUAGAACUUCCCCACGAUAUCCACUUAAAUAAAACUGACUAUCAAUUGGGACUCUCACUUUCACCACGUUCUCAACGCUCCAGUAUCUCAGGCUCAUUGUCUGCACGUCCAGCAUGUAAGGACACGCCGCAUCUUGACACAUCCGUCAUGGUGAUAGACAGCUCUGAUAUACUAGACGUAUGCUGGCGAGAGAUAUUGUCGUCAUCAUCGCUAUCUAGAUCUAUGGAAGGCGAAGAUUCCGUGAUAGAUGUCGAUCAGGAAUCAACUCGAGAGAUAGAUGUCGACGAGGGCUACUGUGACGAAAUGGAUACAGAUGCUGCAAUACGCGCCGAAACAGUGUGGAUACAGAUUCACGCACUCAUUACAGGCGAUGUUACCCAGAGAGCAAGUGAAAUAUUUGGUAUGCGAAAAACAUCGGCCCUCAGAUCGCAACGAAGUGGUGAGGUAUUUCCGGAAAUAAGGCCAACGGUCCGAAAUAAAAUUCGGAUGAGAAAGACGUCUACCACUCUAAAUAGAGUUACCAAUAAUAACAGAGGAUGA